ACACGUAUUUUCGAUGACGCGCAUGUUCACUCCGCGCUAGCGCUUGCUAUAACCUCAACUAGACAGCUUCAAGUCGCUACAGAGGGACAAAUCAUUCAUUCACUCGCUUCGACCCUCUCCAUGGACGCCGACUGGCAGGCCGAGCACUUUUCAGCGCGCCGCAUUGGUCACGGCAAAAAGGCCAAGGGCACUGCCAACACCCGCGCCUUUGAUCCUCGGCGCAGCUUUGGGGUAUAUCAAUUACAAUGCCCAGCCCUCGCCAAGGUAGCGCAGGGUUCGACCGCCGAUGUGUCGAGGGCGCGAGAUACUCUGGAGAUUCACGGGUUAGUCGACGGUCGCGACGACGCGCUCAUGUGUACGCUGAGCGUGGCGGGCCUGGUGCAGGGCGUUGCUGUCCUGGCGGGCAGUAGGAAGGUCCUGGGGUAUGUGGUCCGAGAGCUCGAGGAGGAGGAACAAGAAGACGAAGCAGAGAGCUCCGCUGGCGAGGACGUGGACGAGGACAUGAGCAGCAUCGAGAGGGCGGAUGAACGUGAACGGCGCCGAUACCAGGCCUUUGAGAAGAACUCGUUCCGCAGCCCCAAGUUUUGGAUGCGCUGGCGUGCCGUGAUCCAUACAGUGGCCUCUGACAAGGGCACCAGCGAAGCAGGAGGCGAACGACAGACUGUUGAGGUGGAUGGCGGGUACGUCGUCUUCAGUGGGAGUGAUUGUUCUGGAUUCCAGGGCACGAUCAGCUGUGCGUGCUUGGGGCUGGAGAAUGUCAAGAUCACGGGGGCCAAGGUUGUCUCCAAGGCUACAGAGUGUCGGUUGGGAUGGAUGGAUGUGGCACUCUUGAGAACUGAGUCGUCGACAGAGGGUGGACGCUUGGAAAGAGCCAUGUAGAAUCAAUAUGAAGCAGUGCAAAGACAAAAUAAAGUCAUGGGCGGAUUUCCAGGUGAUCAAGACUUACUCUGACUUGAGACAAGACGCUCAUGGAGGGCCCAUGCCCAGGCAGCUAGUUGAGAUCAACCCAUGACUUGUUAGAUGUCAAAAACGGAUAAUUGCCUUGUUUACUGAUGUAUCAAAUAUUACCUAGACUAGCUGUUUCAUUCCAAGGGGUGUGAGUGAUCCUAGUGCCUGUGAUCGGGAGACUGGCGGACCCCGUGUCACAAGACUACCCUGCAGCACAGCCGCACUCACGGCUCGCGGCUCGUAUGAUGAGAAUUUGCUAUUGAAUAAGCAAAAUGGCA